UCUCCUUGCAACAUGGUUCCCUCUCUCUCCCUCUCUCUCUCUCUCUCUCCCUCUCUCUCUUUCUCUCUCACCCACCUCACAUUUGCCAGUACCAGAGCUAUCUGACUGGCAACCAACUAGAGCAUUGUGUCUUCUUGGCGAAGAAGAGUAAGAGAUAGACAGGACAGUGAAAAAGAGAGAGAGAGAGGGAGUGACAGAGGUGAGAAUGACAUAUGGACAGGGGGGAUGGAAGACACCCGCACCAUCCAUCUCCAUGCUUUGAGAGUGUCUUCGUUCAAAGGAGCAACUUCUCAACAAAAACAAAUAUGUGCAGUGGAACCGUCUUUCCGUCUCACUCUUUCUUCAUUUCUUUGUGAAUAUUUGGGACUUUUAUUACUAUUAUUAUUAUUUCAUUUCUAAUUUUUUAUUUUCAGAAGGACUCAGUUGAGUAUGAGGAGUUAUUUUGAGUGGUGUCAGACAGUUUGGCUCCAAUUCUGAGCUCAGAGAUUGACAGACAGUCAAUGACAGGCUGCAAUACUGUGUGAGUAACCUGAGUGAGAAGGAGGAGGAGGAGGAGGAGGAGGAAGAGGAGGACGUUUAACACUGAGGAGAUACAACAUGUGCGUUCACAGAUCACUCGAACUCUGACGGAUUUUGCAUGAUAGAUGAGCCACACUGGAUGUCAUAAUGUAUCUACUCUUUGAUAUCAAUCCAGUCUUCACCGGUCUGGGACGUUCUGAAUGCUUAAAAGGAUUUUGACUCACAUCCUCAAAAUACACUCAGACAGACAUAUAGACAGACUCAUUAAGAGCAGCCACUGGAGACUCAUUCAAAACGCAGAAUCUGCUGCUCAGGAUGUACUGUAAGAAAAAUACAGACACCCAGUUCACAACAGACCGCAAAAACCUCCACGGCUCCACGCUACACCCAGAGACAAUACCACAGAAGUAGCCCCUCAUGCAUGAUUUCAACACACAGAAAUUACCACAUUUUGUUUCAUUUGCACCUUCUGUAAUGUUCAAGUGAGGGAAUGAAUACAGACUCGGGUUCAAUCACGCUGCAGAUACAGUUACAAUCAGACAACAGCCAGCAGAGGAGGGAAAGAAGGGUAAUAAGACUGACUCAGACAGUAGCUGUCGCUCCAUCCAAGGCACAUGUAAUUGGGAUUGACGGCUUGAAAACUCACAUGCUGACCCUGACAACAAUAAGAGCAACUGAUGGAUUUCAGGUUGGAGGGAAAAUCGACAUUUUUAGUGAGGUAGAGCAGAAAAAUAUUUCAAAAUCUGCAGGAAAGUGGAACAAAGGAAGAGGAAAUAAAGUGCUAUCUGUUGCCUUUAUGGAAAAGACACAUAGACUUGGCUAGGAGAUGUUUAAAGGGCUCUGUCAGAUGGGCUGCAGGUGGUACACAUGAACAUGUUAGUUACUCUCAUACACAUAUAAAGACACCACAGGGACAAGACACACUGAUACAUACUCACAGCACACACGCUGGGCAGCUGAGAGGAACAAGAGCUUCAAGAGACUUCACCACCAUGAUGGAAAAGCUGAACCCCACCAGCCCACCUGUCUCACCCCCCGACCUGCCUCGCCCCUCCUCCUCUUCUUCCUCUGCCUCCUCCCCAACCUGCGCAUCCAUGGAGCAACACAGCCCCACCCAGAACCAGACUUUAGCAUCUUCAGACGUCAUCAGCAGCCCGCAUCCCACUAAAAAGGCAGGGCACAAGGGACACACGGAUGUCCCCACUGCUGACUUGAUUCAGUCCUCCAUUACCACAACGACAGUGUUAACCAAUCACCACGAAGAUAAAGCUGCUGCACCUGAGCCCAUUGUCAUGGAGACCGAGCAAGAGCAGGAAGAGAAGCAAGGAGGACCGACCACCACCACAGCCCCUGCUGCUUCUGCCAACAGGUCCCCAACUCUGUCUUCUCCACCUCCACUCCUCCCGGCACCAACCAAGACGUCCCCGUGUCCUGUCCCACCUCCAACCUCCACAUCAUCUUUUCCCACAUCCUCAUCAUCCUCUCCUCUUCCUCCACACAUUCCAGUCAUCAGUCUCGGUCACAGCAAGCCCCCUCUGCCGCUCCCAAACACCCCUUUGACUGCCCUCCAUCCCAUUCCCAGCCUCCUACACGGGCCUCAUGGGGACAUUCGCCGUAGCCAGCUGACCUGUUUGCCUGUGGCAAGUCCUGGGGGCCCCAGACUUUCUGGAGGUCCUGUAGGCCCUUCAGCUCCCUCCCCGGGGCCCCUGUUGCCUCAGCAAUACCUGCCUGCACACCCCUUCUUCCCCAGUUCCUACCUGGGUCCCUCAGGAGGAAACUAUGGUGUCAUCAACACCAACCGGAUCAAGAGAAGACCCUCGUCACACUUUGAGAUGGAGAUCAAUGACUGCCCCCCUCAGAAACUCGCUCGGCGUGUCUUUACCAAUAGCCGUGAGCGCUGGCGACAGCAGAACGUGAACGGGGCUUUCUCUGAGCUCAGGAAACUCAUUCCCACACACCCACCUGACAAGAAGCUCAGCAAGAAUGAAAUCCUUCGCCUGGCUGUGAAGUACAUCAACUUCCUGGUCACGCUGCUCAAUGACCAGGCCCAGGACAAGAACAGGGACUCAGCUGAGGAUGAGGCUGAGGAUGAGGGUACUGUCGCAGGGUCGGGCAGUAAUAAAGUGAACCCUCUUUUUCAGUCCCACACUGCCGCCAUGCCAUCUUCAGCUGCCAUAGCGACAGCCCACAGAGACAGAGACUCAACUGACUCAGUCAUCGCCCUGGCUAAUUCCCCAGCAACAUCCAGUUGCUAUGGUGACACAGACAGUGAGGAAAGCUUUGGGGGUAAGACCUCUUUGGUGACCCAAGGCAUUCUGGGGAAGGUCAAGGGUCAGAUAAGGAUGGUGGCAGCCACAAAUGAUGAGCGGUGACGCCAAAGAGAAGCAAACCGAGAGGUGUGCAGCCACUGGGAGUUUAAAUAUCACACUGAUAGACAAGACAGGACACACGGUCGUCUCUAAGUGUUUGAGGAGCCAGCGUGGUUCUUAAUUCAGUCACACACUGCUGGAAGAUCAACUCCCACACAGCGUGAAUUAGUAGGAGAUGGAUUUUUGGUGAUAUUUUGUCAUUUUCACUGUCUCUAUGUGUUUUGCAGUGAUGUGCAAACAUUGAAUGUGAGGCUCUGUGUUUUUAAGUAAAAUACUGAAAUAUGCUCUGGGGCAAGCUGAGAGGCAUGAAACAUCACAGAACUUGUUUGUGUUUUGUCAAAAUAAGGUCACAGUGUUCCUUUGUUAAACAUUACACCUGAGUGUCAAACAAUUAAAAUCCAUAACAUGGAUGUAUUAUGCAAAAUAGAAUCUUGGAAAUCUUAAUUGUACUGUCUCAGGCUAAUAUGGUUAAUAUGUUUUAAUAACAAAAAUCCAAUAAUCCUUCUUCAAGAAAGUCAGGAUCUUAAAUUCCACUGCUGUAGAUCCACAAAAAUGUAAAAAAAAAAAUCAAAUUCUUUGUUCCAAUCUAAAUGCA